CCGGAGCCCUCGGCGCGGCGCCCAGCCUUCUCAGUCGGGGUGGCGUCCGCAGGCUCCGCGCUCAGUCUCGCUCGGGGGGCGCUCGACGGCGGCGCAAUGGGGCUCCAGCGCUGCUGCGGGCGGCGGCCCCGAUUCCCAGACCGCGUCCUCCUCCUCCUCUAACGGCAGGUGCCUCGGCGGGGGCCUCCCCGCGAGCCAUGUACGCCAAGGGCAAGGGCUCCAGCGUGCCCUCCGACGGCCAGGCGCGCGAGAAGUUGGCACUGUAUGUAUAUGAGUAUCUCCUUCAUGUUGGGGCUCAGAAAUCUGCACAGACCUUCCUCUCAGAGAUCCGGUGGGAAAAGAACAUUACUCUGGGAGAACCACCUGGCUUCCUUCACUCCUGGUGGUGUGUGUUUUGGGACCUGUACUGUGCAGCACCUGAUCGGCGAGAGACCUGUGAGCACUCGAGUGAGGCCAAAGCUUUCCAUGAUUAUAGCUCCGCAGCUACGACCAGUCCUGUGAUGGCCAGCCUGCCACCCAGUGAUGGCCUCCCCAGCGGACCUAUAUUGUCAGGUUUUUUUCAGGGACCGCCUGGCUCCCAGCCAUCCCUACAUGCUCAGGCUCCCCUGCACAACCCCAGUGCGGCAAUGAUGGGACCACAUAAUCAGCCAUUCAUGCCUUCGCGCUUCCCUGGUGGGCUCCGUCCUUCUGUUCGAAUGCCAAGCCAGCCAUCUAUGGGUGUGUCUGGCCCGCAACCUCUGCUGCCCAGUGCAAUGGACCCAGCAAUCCGAUCGCAAGUAGGGCAUCCUAACAUGGGCCCGAUGCAGCGCAUGACCCCACCACGGGGUAUGACAGGAAUGGCUCCACAGAAUUAUGGUGGUGGCAUAAGACCGCCUCCAGGGUCCCUGGUUUGCCCUGGGAUGCCCACAAUGACCAUAGCUCCGGGCGUUCGAGGAUCCUGGCCAAAUAUAAACACAAACUCGGUAUCCUAUUCCUCAUCUUCUCCUGGCAGCUAUGGGGGAGGCGGAGGGCCCCCUGGCACCCCUCUCAUGCCAAGUCCUGGAGACUCCACCAACUCUAGUGAAAAUAUGUACAUGAUGAACUCCGUGGGCCCUCCUCCAAGCCGGCCUGGGUUCUCCAUGGGGCCAAGUCCAGAAGGUCCAAUGGCUGGGAUGAGUGCCAUGGAGCCCCAUCAUAUGAAUGGAUCCUUAGGUCCAGGUGAAAUAGAUGGGAUGCCCAAGAAUUCCCCGGGUAGCAUGGCCGGCAUAGCUAACCCACCGGGCACCCCGCGUGAUGACAGCAGCGGUGAGAUGGGCAGCAGCUUCUUAAACCCCUUCCAAAGCGAGAGCUAUUCGCCCAGCAUGACUAUGAGCGUGUGACCCGGCCCGGAUGCCCAGUCCCAGAGGAGCCAGACUGAUGCCCCCCAGGGGCCUUAAUCCCCCUGUAUUUAAUAGCAGCUUCCCUUGAUUGCUAGUCUCGGCCCCCCUGCCCCCAGUCUGGACUGUUGAUCCCCGCCCAGGUCACCACCCACCCUCUAAUUGGUACUCAAUAAACUGUAGUGACACGAACAAUUGUCACUAAGCAAGUGGGCCAGCUGAAGGUUUGAUAUGCUGCACAAGUGGACAGUUGUGAAAGGGAGGGAGCUGCACCCCCUCCUGCUGGACUGCAGCAUCUCCCGCCCCAAGGGGUUUAUGAUGGUGCCCUUGGACAUUGGGACUAUCGUCCACGCUGCAUCCUUGGACUUUUAAGUUCUGCAUUGUAGCAGGAACGGUUGAGCUGUUCGGAAAGCUCCAUCUCGGUCUCUGUUCUUGAAACUGGUGGUACAGUUGGGGAAAAGGCACGUGCACCCAGAGAAAGUGGUUAAGGGGCUCUUCUGGAGUCUUGAUUUCAGCAGGAGGGCUAGAGGAAGACUCAAGGCCCAUUUUGGUGAGCUUGGGAGGUAAAUAGGGAAGAAGUGGUGAGUAGAAGUUGACUGCUACAAAUUGAGUGAGAUGGAGUCUGCCUUAAAGUAGAUUUGGGGAUGUAGAUAUGUGGACUUAGCUGGCAACGUAAAGAUGCUGUCAAUAUUUUUUGAGCAAUGGGCAGACUCCCUUCUCCCAUAUCUGCAGCCAGCUUUGGUUUCCUGCCUAUGUUCGUUGGGCUAGAAAGAAAAAUAGCAAAGUUGUUUCCUCAUUGUACAGACUUCUGUGGAAGUAUUCUUGAUUCUACCUAUGUCGGUUGGCAAAGACUGUGUGGUACCUGUUGCUAUAGGGGGGGAAAGACACCCUAAAAUUGAGCUUGAGGUGAAUUUGAGCUUGGUUCCUGAUGACUUCACAGAAACUUCCAUGUUGUUUUCUUGGCAGUAGCAUGGAAGUAUUUUGCCACUGCAUUCUUAUGGGAUGUGUUUUCAACUUCCUACAGCCUUGGGAUUUCCUAGUGGUCUCCCAUUCAGGUAUUAACCAGGCUAAAAUCUGCACAGCUUCCAAGACUAGACAAGGUCAGCCAGAUGCUGCCACCAGCUGACCCACCAGUUGCUAUGCAAACAAAUUAUGAUAGUAGUUACUGUUUACUCUUUCCCUGCAUCAUGUUUUUAGCCUUUUUCAUUUUUCUACCUUGAAUAGGGUGUUUUAAAUAUCUAUAGCAUGUUUUCUCUUUCCCCUCUGCCAUCAGUAACAGAAAAAGAAACUUGGCUGUAAGAGAACUUCAUGGCAGUCAACAGAGGUGCGCAUUAGCAGAUUUCCCCUCUUCUGUCUUCCAUCCCUUUCAGCUAGGAAGGUAAAGGGGAAACACUAUGAAUGACUUGUAAAAAAAGCUACACCUCCAUCUCUUCCCAAUGCUAACAGACAAGAAUAUAAAGAUAGAACACUUUUCACUUCAGCUUCUCUCUCCAAAGUCAGUCCUCCAUCUGCCAGCUUUCGGAUACAUCCUAUUACAAUUCCUGCCACCCAUAGUCAACAACUUUGAAUGUUGGGAGUUGGAAGUGAAGACCUCUGAAGGGCACCAACCCAAGGAAGCCUACUUCUAUGUCAGUAAAUACAUGGGCAGAGACCUAUCCUUUGCCCUGUUCUCACACCCUAUCAAAGGAACACAUCCUUUGUGGAAAGUCUGUGGGUUGGAUGGAGAUGAGCUGGUCCUCCAAAGGGAGAGAACAGGGGUAAAGUCUCCUUUGAGUUUUAUGUUUUGGCAACAAUGUGGAAGUGAUUUGCCUUUGCCAUCUGGGAGGGUUUAUUUGACUUCCCAGUCUAUAGUUCCAGAAUGUCCUGAAGAUCUCACAUCCAAGGGCUAAGCAGGUCCAACCUACUUAGCUUUUUUUUUUUUAGAACCACCAUGUUGGCAAAGGGCUGCCACCAGCUGUACAAAACUAGUCCCCACCCAAGUGUAGUUGAUUUGCUCGUUUGGGUAUAGGCAACACCUUGUUCAAUUCAGGCAUUCCAGUCAAAACUGGAUGGAUAGCUGGGCAGCUUCUGAGCUCAUCCAGCCAAGGGGAGCCCACCGUCUCCUUCAUUGGUUCCAUUAUCAAAGCUGGGAAGUUUUCUCAAACAUGUAACCAGAGUUUGUCUUCUUGUAUCCUAAGUCCAUUCAAGCUACAGAGGUCUUGACCUUCAAUGGUACUUCAGGAUCUGGAUAGUUUUUUCUCAAGGCUUAACCCAUCCAACUCCUUCAGUCUCCUCAUAGUCCUAUAAGGAACCUAUAAGGUUCCUGUCAACCCUAUGAGCAGACCCAGUCAAGAAACAGGAAGACUAGAACUGUACUUUAUUGAGAUAGGCUACAGUAACAGAAUCCAGUGAUUCUGCCCAUGUCUUCCCUUCCAUCCCUCUUAUACCGGGGGGAGCCAGUCUGAGUCUUUUUCUGAUUCUUUCCCACGUACCUGGGCUUAAUGCAUGCUUCAGCACCUGUUGAUGUUCUAAUGGCUUCUCAGUGUCUUCUCCAAGGUCAUCCCCAUGGCUCCCUACAGUUCUGACCCCUAAUUAUCCUUUCCCCCCCCUUUUGAACUAAUUCCCGUUUGUCUCCAUUCUCAAAACGUGGCGUCCAGAAUCAGACUGAACAGCAAUAUGUCAUCAUCAUCAUCGUCAUCACUAUCAUCUUUGCAAGCUGAGAUGCCUGAUCCCAGCUUUUCCAGAAAGUAUUGGGAUCAUAGAUCUUGGCUUUGGGAACAGCAAAUAGUUGAGUCAUUCUAUUUUGCUUGGGUAGAUGUGAAUGAACAUUACAGUUCAUGGGCACUGAAAAGGAGGCAAGUGAGGAACAUGCAUGGUAAUGUUGCGACUCAAACUCUGCCCCUUCAUAUUUGCCUGCAGUGU